GACUCUUAAUCUCAUUUCCCUACCCCCCGCCCACACUAUUAAUGUCCACGUUUGUCUCUAAAUAGUCUUUGAACUGAGGAAUAAUUUCAAGGAGCAUGGACAGAAUGUCUGUCAUUAGUUUUGCUUGCUGCUUCUCUUUCACUUUGUGUUCACUCAGCGCCGAAGCAGGUCGUCUCCCUGUACCGGAGAACCUGUCGUUCAAUUGGCUUGACCCGUUUACAGUGAACGUGUCUUGGCAGAGACCCAUGGGACUGUCAGAGAACCGCACCAUCCAUUACAAAUAUGGGCCGGACAAUUCUUCCACCGUGUGGGAGAACUUCACUAUGACUCUCCUGACAGAAGAAGCUGGAGCUUCUAACUGGACGUUCACCGUCCAGACGGUCAGCGUUGACAGGGGCAAAGCAGAUUCGAGCCUGCACGCGCCUAUCACCAUCUCCCCGCAACAGCCUCAUGCUAAGCUGGUGGCGGACUUCAGGUGUCUGCUCCAAGCUGAUAGAAUGGAUUGUUCCUGGAUCCCGGUCGAUCCCUCUGUUAACCUGACGCUUUCCUACAGGGUUUGUGGCAAUAAAGGACCCGAUAUGAUGUGCCAGCGGUUUCACACCAGUGGCGUCAGGGAAGGCUGCUCCCUGAGCACCAGGUUUGUCUAUGAAGACGUCUGCAUGCUCGCGGUGAGCGCAGCCGGGAUGAGCACAUUUAAACCGGAGAAAGUGGUUUCCCCCCCGGAGCUGACCAUCAGCGUGGAAGGAGACAAGCUGAACCUGAGCUGGGCCCCCUUAACGGUGGGAUGGUUGUGCAGUUGGAGCUACAAUGUGUGCUACACACGGUGCAAUGAAAUCCAACCAUGCGAGAUAUACACUCCUAAAGAAAAGACCCUGCAGAUAGCCUACCAUAAAAGCUGCCUUUAUGAGUUCCGCUCCAAGGUCUCAAGUGGAGACGAAUGCCCUUCAGUCUACAGUGACUUCAGCGAAGUGGUCAUUUAUGGUGCGAAUCGGCCUCCCAGCGUAUGGUUGACUGUGGUGGCCAUCGUCGUUCCUAUUGUCCUGUGUGCCACCGUAUUUUUGUUCUGCUAUUGCGUUAGAAGGGCCAUCCUCUACCCCGUCAUACCUGACCCGUCAGCAAUAUUCAAGGACAUGAUGAAUGGAAACAAGGAAAUUAAGAUCUUCACAAAUCUUUACACACCUGUGUCAGAACCUAUUGAACCUUGCAAAAUCAUACCACCUCAUGGACUCUUCACUGCUCAAGUGACCCACAAUUCCUCUGGGCUAAUAGCAGAACCUUAGAUUGUGAGGGGUUCUGUCCAAGAGAAGUUCAAAUUGGACUCAACCAGGACAUUCACUUUACCCCUCGAGAAAAGGGGAACACAAACUGUAAUUGUUGCUCUCGUCAGGACUACAAGUGGACUUGUUUGCAAAAAAAGGAGGACGCGAUACUUGCUGGAAGACAUCAUUUACACAACACAUGCAGGACAUGUGUGGAUGUGACGCUAACUCACUUUAGACUCGUCCAGACUUUGCUUUGUUCAACUCAGGAAUGCUGUAAUGUUUCUUUUUUUUUCUUUUUAUUUUACUGCAUGACACCUGAAUGAGAUCACUGGCAUCACUUUUAAACCUUUUAAUAUAUGAAUAAAGAGUGCAAUAUAACACAUUAUAAAUACCAUUUUAUUUUCAGAAACUAAUCUGCACAAUCCAAAUAAAGAGGGUUGAAUAAUUACAA